UACACUGUGUAAAAUGUACGUUUCCUGUUGUCGACUGAAAAGUUUAAUGAUGUUUCUGUGUCUCUCUUCGACAGCUCGGUGAUGUGACCAACACCUGAGACGAAGACACACAAACCCGCCGUGAGUAUGUCGGCAGUUCACGCAGCCUCCCCUCCCCCCGAGGAACCGAUCACACCCCCACCAAUGACCACAACCCCUGGCAAGGCCUCGGGCCGCCUGCAAGAGAGGCGGGGCUCCAAUCUGUCGCUGCUACUAAAUGUAAGCACGCUUGGGGAGGAGCCUUUGUGCUCUGUCUCCACCCCAAAGGAGGUGUGGCUUCAGCUGCUUCACACCUCCUCCCGACCGCUCAUACACGCCCUCCUGCAGCAAGCGGCCGCUGACACAGACACACUGAACACCGAGUACCAGAAGAUCCCUCCGAACUUUGUGAAGGCCGCAGAGCUCGACGUUCCAGGACACACGAUGAAGGACAGAUACAAGACCAUCCUCCCCAAUCCUGAGAGUCGGGUGAUUCUGAGGAGCUCAGAGGACGAGGCAGGACCAGACCGCUACAUCAACGCCAACUACAUCAGG